GGCCACUAUAUAGGACUUUUUGUAUUGGAGAAAACAGCCAAAGCUUGGUCUUUUGACUAUUCGGUUCUCCUUCUCCCUCUCUCCAUCUCUGCUUUGCGCUCACGCAAUUUGCAUUUCUAUAUGCUAGCUCGGUUCUGCAACGUCCAGAAUUUAGUAAGGAUUGGAGGAUGGGUUGCAGCCAGUCCAAGAUCGAGAACGAGGAGGCGGUCUCCCGUUGCAAGGACCGCAAACUCUACAUGAAGGAAGCCGUCUCGGCCCGCAACGCCUUCGCCGCCGCCCACUCCUCCUACGCCACCUAUCUCAAAAACACCGGCGCUGCCCUCAGCGACUAUGCCCACGGCGAGGUUUCCCAAUUUCCUUCCUCCUCCUCCUCCUCCUCUGCUCAUCCCACCCUUCCCUUCUCCUCCCCCGCAUCGUUCGACACCGUCCUUUUAGCACCACCUCCCCCUGUCCCCAAUUUCCCUACACCGCUCUACCGCGCCGCCUCCAUGCCCGAGAUCAAAAUCCAAAAGCCAGAUCCGCCGAGGCCCGUGGCAGGCACGAUCAUCGAGGAGGAGGAGGGCGCCGAGUCCGACGCCGAGGAUCCUCGUAACAGGCUCAAAAGGCGUGGCGGUAGUAGUCAUAGGAACUCCAGAGUUCUGGAAGACGAGGGGGGUCCACCGCCUGUGUCGCAGGUCUCGCAGCAGGAGGUGCCGAUGCUGGCGCAGCAGCAAGAUCCAGCGUACGAUUACUUUUUCUCGGUCGAUAACAUGCCCGGAACGACCUUGAGUGAUGCGCCGCCGGUGGCGGAGGGCGUGGAGGAUUCUGUGAGGAACGAGGAAAUUGAGCGGAAAAUAUCCGAGGAAAAGCCUAAGAGAGUGGAAGACGGCGGCGGCGGCGGAGGCAGCGAAGUUAGGGGAACUGAAAAGGUCGAGGUGGUAGUCCCUGCAGCGGGGAGGACUGUUAAGAAGGGGAAGCAGGCGACCGGUGGGGCGGAGGGGAAGAGGAUGGUGAUCAAGCCGAGUGUGAAUUUGUUGCAGAUAUUUUCGGAGCUUGACGACCAUUUCUUGAAAGCUUCCGAGAGUGCCCAAGAGGUUUCGAAGAUGCUCGAGGCGGCUAGGUUGCAUUAUCACUCUAAUUUCGCGGAUAAUCGAGGACAUAUUGAUCACUCCAAAAGAGUGAUGCGUGUUAUUACAUGGAAUCGGUCAUUUAAAGGGUUGAAUGACAACGCCGAUGAUGGGAAGGAUGACUUUGAGUCAGAAGAGCAAGAAACUCAUGCGACCGUGCUGGAUAAGUUACUGGCAUGGGAGAAAAAGCUAUAUGAUGAAGUGAAGGCAGGUGAGCUCAUGAAAUAUGAGUACCAAAAAAGGGUUGCGUCACUGAACAGGAAGAAACGAGGUACCAACUCUGAAGCAUUGGAGAAAGCAAAAGCAGCAGUAAGUCAUCUUCAUACAAGAUACAUUGUUGACAUGCAAUCCAUGGAUUCAACGGUUCUAGAGAUAAAUCGUUUACGAGAUGAGCAAUUAUACCCAAAACUUUUUCAGCUUGUUCAAGGGAUGGCCACUAUGUGGGAAACCAUGGAGUCUCACCAUGAGAAACAGAAAAAAACUGUAGAAGCACUAAAAUAUCUUGACGUCUCCCAAUCGCCCAAGGAAACAAGUGAGCACCACCAUGAGCGUACGCACCAGCUGUGGAUUGUUGUGAUGGACUGGCAUUCAGAAUUUCAGAAGUUAGUGAACCAUCAGAAAGGGUACAUUAGGGCCCUCAACAGUUGGUUAAAACUAAAUCUCAUCCCUAUUGACAGCAGUUUGAAGGAGAAGAUUUCUCUGCCAGUUGAAAACCCCCCUAUUCGUGACCUGCUCCGUGCUUGGCACGACUCUCUGGAGAAACUGCCUGAUGAAAUUGCUAGAACUGCUCUACACAACUUUGCUGCUGUAAUAGAUGCUAUAUUUGAGCAACAAAAUGAGGAGUUGAAUUUGAAGCAAAAAUGUGAAGACACCCGCAAGGAGCUUGCCCGCAAGAUCCGGCAAUUUGAAGACUGGCAUAGCAAAUACUUGCAGCAAAAGGUACCCGAUGAGUUAGAUCCAGAGGGCACAGGGGAUAACCAUCUCCUUGCAGAGAAGCAGUUUAUGGUGGACUCGGUGAAGAAGAAGUUGGAAAGUGACCAGGAAGCCUACGAGAGGCAGUGCCUUCAGGUAAGGGAGAAGUCUUUGGUAAGUUUAAAAAACCGCUUGCCAGAGCUCUUUAGAGCAAUGUCAGAUUUUGCUCGGGUAUGCUCAGAAAUGUACAGAAACUUGAGGUCAAUAUCACAGCCCUCGAAUUCAAAAAACGGCUCACCAUGAGAAAAUUUUAUAAGCUUUGUAUAAUUUGCUUAGUCGUGUUUGAUCUGUGAUGUGUAAAUCACAAUAUCUUGCAAUUCUUAUUUCGGACUGGCCCUCAGAAUCAUAUAUGGUCGUGUUCAUCAAAUUGAAUUCCGGCAUAAUGUUAUAGGAUCCUUACUGCUACUAGAGUGAAUUAAUGUUGUAUGUUCUUUUUCUUUAAUAUUAAUGCCGUGCCCUUUCUCUUCA